UAGAAUUUCCAUUCAUCCAUUUUUUAUAGUUUUUAGUUGUCUACUGAAAUUGUCAUCUUGUCUUUUAAUUCGCUGAACGUAUCGACCAUAGUUGUGUUAAAGCCUGUGUCUGAUGUUUCCAUCGCAUGUUUCCCCUUCUGCCUGUCUUUCCAUUUAUUUCUCUUGGUUUUGGUUAGGUAGUCUUGCUCCUAUGUGUCUGGUUGUUUUAGAUUGAAUGCCAGGCAUUGUAAAUGAAAAUUUUUAGAGAUAAUUUACGGCUGUAUGUCUCUGCUGUCUAGUGUGAUAACCACUAGCCACAUGUGACUAUUUAAAUCAUUUAAAAGUAAGUAAAGUUUUAAAAUCCAGGUCCUAUUGCCUGAGCCACACUUCAAAUGCUCAACAGCCACAUGUGGGUAGUGGCUGCCUUAUCAGGACAGAUACCUUUUACUGGAGAGAAUUUACUUUUGCUUAUGGCCUCAGAGAUGCAAGGAACCCUGAAUCACCUCAAGCCAGUUGAGUUUGAGAUGAUUCUGAAUUGGGCUCAGGUCUUACAAGGGCUGGUGUCCUUCUGAUUUCCCUUCCAGUCUGAGUGUAGCCUUUGGAGGUUAGUCAAGUCUGAAUACUGGAGGAUUCCCAGGGCUGCCACCUCAGCAGGCCCAGCUCCAGGGUUUAUGUCUUCAGUCCUGUCUUCUGUGAAAAGCUCUGUUCACCCUUGCGGCCUGGCCUUCCGCAUUAACAGACACCCCUGGGAGAAGAGCAGCCCAGACGCAGCUCAGCCCUCAGUCUUCCCUUCUGUUCCUCAGCUUGAGGCCUUGUAAUUCCUCAUGGCCUUGAUGGUUCUCUAAUGUAUACAAACUGAUUUUUAGCAAAAAUAUUUUUGUCCCCAGCCGCCUUAGUAGUUCUUAGAGGGAGAGAUGUUUAAAACAGUGGUCCGUCAAGCCAGAAGUAGAACUCCUCUAAAAAUGAUGUUUUAAUCAAAUACUUAAACAAAGAUGCCCAACAGCUAACCUGUUUAGUGCACUUUUUCACCUCUGUGGUCCUGUUUGAUUCCAGUUACAACUUUGUGAUCAACAUACUUUGUAUCUUUAUUUCAGAGAUGAGAACAUUUAGGUUCAAAGAGAUAAAAUAAACAAGCAAGUGGAGGGAGAGCUGAGAUUCAACCCCAGGUUCCCUGAGAUCCUCUGUCUGUUGUUAGACCCAGCGGUCUGGCAGUGAUAAUCACGCAAAAUGAAUGAUAACUGCUAAAAUACCAAGCACAGCAGUUGCUAGACCUGUAGCUACUGGAUGUGGGUCCAAGACAUCCCUGGCAUCGUCAAUGGGAAGACCAAUGACAGGGGCUAUUCAGGAUGGAGUUACUAGACCCAUGACAGCAGUGAGAGCAGCUGGUUUUACCAAAGCAGCUUUGAGAGGCUCUGCGUUCGACCCCCUCGGUCAGUCGCGGGGCCCUGCACCGCCCCUGGAGGCCAGGAACGAAGACAGUCCAGAAGAAAAGAUAAGACAAUUAGAGAAGAAAGUAAAUGAGUUGGUAGAAGAAAGCUGUAUUGCUAACAGUUGUGGAGACUUAAAAUUGGCCUUAGAAAAGGCAAAAGAUGCAGGAAGAAAAGAGAGAGUCCUGGUGAGACAACGAGAACAAGUUACAAGUCCAGAAAACAUCAAUUUGGAUUUAACUUACUCAGUUCUUUUCAACUUGGCCAGUCAGUAUUCAGCUAAUGAAAUGUAUCCUGAAGCACUAAACACAUAUCAAGUUAUAGUGAAAAAUAAGAUGUUUAGCAAUGCAGGACGGUUGAAAGUGAAUAUGGGAAAUAUUUAUUUAAAGCAAAGAAAUUAUUCCAAAGCCAUUAAAUUCUACCGAAUGGCCUUAGAUCAAAUUCCAAGUGUCCAUAAAGAAAUGAGGAUUAAAAUUAUGCAGAACAUUGGAGUUACAUUUAUUAAAACUGGGCAGUAUUCAGAUGCCAUUAAUUCAUUUGAGCACAUAAUGAGUGUGGCACCAAACCUGAAGGCAGGCUUCAACCUAAUUCUUAGUUACUUUGCUGUUGGAGAUCGAGAAAAAAUGAAGAAGGCAUUCCAAAAGCUGAUUGCUGUUCCAUUAGAAACUGAUGAAGAUGGUAAAUACAUUUCACCAAAUGAUGACCCACAUACUAAUUUAGUGAUUGAAGCUAUAAAAAAUGAUCAUCUAAGGCAAAUGGAACGUGAAAGGAAAGCCAUGGCAGAAAAAUACAUCAUGACAGCUGCAAAACUCAUUGCUCCUGUAAUUGAAACAUCUUUUGCUGUAGGUUAUGAUUGGUGUGUUGAAGUUGUGAAAGCUUCUCAGUACGUAGAGCUGGCAAAUGAUCUGGAAAUAAACAAAGCAAUUAUGUACCUGAGACAAAAGGACUUUAAUCAAGCUGUAGAGACCUUAAAAAUGUUUGAAAAAAAGGACAGUAGUGUGAAGAGUGCAGCUGCAACCAACCUCUCACUCCUGUAUUAUUUGGAGAAUGAAUUCUCACAAGCCAGUAGCUAUGCAGAUUUAGCUGUGAACUCUGACAGAUAUAACCCGUCAGCUCUUACUAAUAAAGGGAAUACAGUUUUUGCAAAUGGUGACUAUGAGAAGGCAGCUGAAUUCUAUAAAGAGGCUCUAAGAAAUGAUUCUUCUUGUACUGAAGCACUUUAUAAUAUUGGCCUUACCUGUAAGAAGCUGAACCGGCUUGAUGAAGCUUUGGACUGUUUCCUGAAACUUCACGCAAUCCUAAGAAACAGCGCCCAAGUCCUUUACCAGAUAGCAAAUAUAUACGAGUUAAUGGAAGAUCCCAAUCAAGCUAUGGAAUGGUUAAUGCAGCUGAUCAGUGUUGUUCCAACUGACUCCAGAGCUUUGUCUAAACUGGGAGGAUUAUAUGACAGUGAGGGGGAUAAAUCCCAAGCAUUCCAAUAUUACUAUGAGUCCUAUAGGUAUUUCCCGUCCAAUAUUGAAGUCAUCGAGUGGCUUGGGGCCUAUUACAUCGACACCCAGUUUUGUGAAAAAGCCAUUCAGUACUUUGAAAGAGCUUCUCUUAUACAGCCUACACAAGUGAAGUGGCAGCUGAUGGUAGCUAGCUGUUUUAGAAGAAGUGUCCCUCUUAUAGAGCAACCAGAUGUCCAGGAGAGCUCCCUCACCCAGGGAAGCGCGAGCUGUGACCACCGGCAGCAGUCCCCGCCAUUUCUUAGGGCCCUCUGUCCACCUCCGAGAGCCCCUCAGGUGGCAGCGGGACACAGGUGCAGUGUGACCUCAGGUAACUACCAAAAAGCAUUAGAUACUUACAAAGAUAUUCACAGAAAAUUUCCAGAAAAUGUUGAAUGUCUACGUUUCUUGGUUCGUCUCUGCACAGAUAUUGGAUUAAAAGAAGUUCAAGAAUAUGCAACAAAACUCAAGAGAUUGGAAAAAAUGAAAGAAAUCAGGGAACAGCGCACCAAGCCCGGCAGGGACGGCAGCGGGGGUCCCCGCGGCAGGAGAGACGGGAGCGCUGGCAGUGACGGCGGCCAGAACUGUGGUGCCGGUAGCAGAGGCGAGCGGCUCAGCGCCCAGCUCCGAGCCCUGCCCAGGACGGAGGAGCCUUACGACAGCAGCAGUAACAAGGAGCUAGACGCCUCCUAUGUGGAUCCGCUUGGCCCGCAAAUAGAAAGACCCAGAACUGCAGCCAAAAAGAGAGUCGACGAGGAUGAUUUUGCUGAUGAAGAAUUAGGAGAUGAUUUGCUUCCAGAAUAAUAUAUAUUUUAAUGUAUUAUUUAUUAAUUAAAGGGAAGGAAUCGCCUUACAAGAUAAUACUCAUGUUAAAGUUUGGAUUAAAUACCCAAACUUUAAUUUUGCACACUGUCAAAACUUUAAAUAAGUGUAUUCUGUUCUGUGAGUAUGGAUUUAGAUUUUGUUUUGCUUUUAAUGGAAUAAAAACAUGUGAAAAUAA